AUGUCCUUCACCCUCAAUUCCAUCUGGCGCUCCCUCAAAAAGCCCUUCUCCGCCCUCCACUUCGAGCUCAGCUACCCCGAAAGCGCCAGAACCGGCAACGGCCCCGCGGAUUUCUUCUCUCCGCCUACCAGAACCGAGAGUCAGACGAUAGAGUGGGAACGGAGGAUGAUUAGACGAUAG